AUGGAUGUCGUAGAUGUUUCUCCUGCCAAAAAAAACCCAAGAGGAAAAUUAAUCGGCACUGGUCAAAAGCAAAUCAUUAUCAAUGUAUACAAAGAUAAAGUCACACAACAGCUCGAAAAUCCAGAGAUGCCCAAAUUGUCCUACAGAGAAAUGAUCAUUGAAGUUUCAAAAACCACCGGUAUUGGGCAACGUACGGUACAAACCACAUUAUCAGAGUAUAAGAAAGAAGGUACAGUAUCAUCGCCCAACAAAAAAAGAGUUAAAAUGACAAUACUUGAUAAAGUUGACGAGUUUGAUAAAAAUGCCAUAAGGCAAAAAAUUCAUAGUUUUUGGAGGAAACGUGAGGUGCCAACAGUAAACAAAAUGUUAAUUGUCAUUAAUGAAGACGAAACAUUACCAGACCUGAAACGUUCGUCCUUUCAUAAAUUGCUGAAAGAUUUACAAUUUGAGUUUGUAAAAAAAAACCGAAACAGUGCUCUUUUAGAAAGAGAAGAUCUAAUAUCUUGGCGGCGAGGUUAUUUGUAUAAAAUAAGAAGUUAUCGAGUACAGAACCGGCCAAUAUAUUAUUUGGACGAGACUUGGGUCAGUGCAGGCGAGACGCAUAGCAAAGCGUGGGUUGAUACCAUGGUCACAUCAUCAAGGGAUGCAUUUCUCAGAGGCCUCACCACAAGACAAAAGGAACCAUCCGGCAAAGGUAAACGACUUAUUGUAUUACAUAUCGGGUCGUCAGACGGUUUUGUCCCUGGGGGCCUUUUGUGUUUUGAAUCCAAAACCAACUCGACGGACUACGAUGAUGAAAUGAAUGGCGAUACAUUUUAUGAAUGGUUUGUUAAAACUCUGCCAUUACUAAAAAAAAAUGACAUCAUUGUAAUGGAUAAUGCUUCGUACCAUUCCGUGAAGAAACACAAAAUUCCAGUGAGGUCGUGGAAAAAACAAGCAAUUAUUGACUGGCUUGAAAAUAAAGGCGAGAUCGUUGAACAUUCUACUGUGAAAAACGAUUUGAUGGAAAGAGUCAACAAAAUAAAAAAAAAGUACGACCAAUACGUAAUUGAUGAGUACGCAAAAGACGACAACAAAAUUAUAUUGCGAUUACCUCCAUACCACUGCGAGCUUAAUCCAAUCGAACUCGCGUGGUCGUCUGUGAAGAGUUACGUCCCAACGCAUAAUAACACCUUCAAAUUAAAAGAUGUACUCGAGUUGUUAAAAAAAGGCGUGGACAUGUAA